AUGAUCCGCUGCGCUCCUCCGCCACAGAUUUCCAACCAGUUAAACGAAUGGCUUUGGUGGCUUUUCAGUGAACUCGACGGGAAGGGGAAGCCUCCCUUCCCUCCCUCGUCCGAUUCCAUGGCGGCGCCGUCGCCCAAACCCCCGACACCACGCCGGCGCGGCCACCACCAGCACCCGCCCAGCUCCACAUUCACCCGCCGCCUCCACGUUGCUCGCUGCUUCCCCGACCCACCACCACCACCACCCGCCUCCACGCCCCCGAACCCGAACCCGAACCCUGUGCUGUCCCUUCUCUCCGCGGUGCCCGACUGGGCCGACGCCAUCCAGGAGCGCCGCAUCCGCGACCGCCGCCCGCUCUACGACCACGCCGCCUGGCGGGAGCACCGCAGCUCCCGCCGCCACCUGCGCCACCUCCUCACCUCGCUCUCCUCCCGCGCCAUCCUCUCCCUCGCGCCCCCGGUCUCCGCCUUCACCGCCUUCGCCGCCGCCAUCGCCACCUACAACACGCUCCUCCCGGCCUACGCGCUCACCGCCUCCUCGCUCCCCUACCAGCUCACCGCGCCCGCGCUCGCGCUCCUCCUAGUCUUCCGCACCGAGGCCUCCUACGCGCGCUUCGACGAGGGACGCAAGGCGUGGAUGCGCGUGCUCGCCGGCGCCGCCGACCUCGCCGGGAUGGUCAUGCAUCAUCCUAAUAAUCUUCAUACCCGUCCCGGUCCCGGGGGACGACAUGCUGACGACCACGACGACGACCCGCUCCGGCGCGCGCUCAUCAACUACAUCCUCGCCUUCCCCGUCGCGCUCAAGUGCCACAUAAUUUUCGAUUCCGAUGUAAAAGGGGACCUUCAGGGCUUGCUUGCCGAAGAUGACCUGAAUGUUGUUCUAGCAUCGAAACAUCGACCACGAUGUAUUAUCGAAUUCAUUUCACAGAGUCUCCAAAUGCUAGAUCUCGAUGAACAGAAGCGGAGCAUCAUGGAGUCUAAACUGUCUUGUUUUCUUGAAGGAAUCGGUGUUUGCGAGCAGCUCAUGGGGAUUCCUAUUCCUCUGUCAUACACUAGACUUACUUCAAGAUUCCUUGUUCUGUGGCAUCUUACACUCCCAGUGAUACUCUGGGAGGAAUGUAAAUGGAUUGUUGUUCCAGCUACCUUUAUCAGUGCUGCAUCACUAUUCUGCAUUGAGGAAGUUGGUGUUCUAAUCGAAGAGCCGUUCCCCAUGCUAGCUCUUGAUGCCCUGUGCAAGCAGCUCCAUGACGGUAUUAAGGAUGUGAUGGCGGUGCAGAACUCGGUUCACUCGCGACUAGUUGCCAAGACUACUAAGGACCACAGGGGCAGUAGGUGCGAGAACAAUGGGCGACCUAGCUCCAAAAGAGAAGAAGCCAAGAUUGAUUGA